AUGUCUAAGAAGAAAACCGUAGCAAACAUUGAGGCGGAGAUUGCAGAUCUGGAGCAAGAGUUAUCGCUGAUGAAGGUUGCUUUCUCUGAUUCCAUCGCUGAGGUUCAACAAACAGUGAGGGAGAAUCAAAGAGCGUUGAUACAGAUGAUGGAGAAGGUUCUGGAAAAGAAGGUGGUUGAAGCUGAAGAUGAUGCAUCAUCGAAAAAGGUUACGACAACCACAAAGUUGAAAGGUGAAGCUUUGGAUGAAUUUAGAAGGUCGGUUAAGAAGGUGGAGCUACCAGCGUUCUCCGACGACGAUCCGGCCGGAUGGAUCUCUAGAGCAGAGGUCUAUUUUCGUGUUCAAGACACGAGUGCUACCGUGAAGGUGGGGCUGGCACAAUUGAGCAUGGAAGGACCAAUAAUUCACUUCUUUAACUCUUUGUUGGAAGAAAACCCAGAUCUGACAUGGGAGGAGCUUCGAUCAGAGUUGAUGGGAAGGUAUGGAGGUUUAGGAGAGGGUGAUGUUUAUGAAAAGCUCACUGAAAUUCAUCAGAGAGGAACGGUGGAAGAAUAUAUUCAGGAGUUUGAACGUCUGACUUCUCGAAUUCCGAGGUUACCUGACAAACAAUUUUUAGGGUAUUUUCUGCACGGAUUAAGAGGUGAGAUCAGAGGUAGGGUACGGAGUUUCGUAGCUAUGGGGCCGAUAGCGAGAACGAAGCUGUUCCACGUCACGAGAGCAGUGGAAAGGGAAACGAGUGGUGGAUCGGGUUGGAUCCGAAACCCGAAACCAAGCGGUUCAAACAAGGCUAACCCGGGGAGAAAUGGAGGAACGAAUUGGGUUUUUAUGAAAGGAGGCCAUAACAGUGGGUUAAAUUAUGGAAAUGGAUCUAAAGGGCCCAAUAACCCACCACGUGAUGACAAGCCAGUGACUGGAGAGAGAAAAGAAAAGGGUGCACGUGACAAAGGCUUUACUCACUUAUCCUAUCAAGAGCUCAUGAAUAGAAAACAAAAAGGUCUUUGUUAUAAAUGUGGGGGUCUCUUUCACCCCCUCCAUCAGUGUCCAGACAAACAACUACGUGUCAUGAUUUUGGAUGAUGAAGAUGGAGGAGAGGAGAAGGCCAAAUUAUUGGCAGUGGAGGUGGACGAAUCUGAAGAAGAGCGAGAUGGGGAGAUGAGUGUGAUGAACUUAUAUGAGAUGGAGGUUCCGAGACGUGAAAGUCUACAAACGCUCAAGUUGCGAGCAACCAUUAAUGGUGUUCCGGUGGUGGUUCUGAUUGACAGUGGAGCGACACACAAUUUCACUGCGAAGCCGUUAGUGCAAAAACUGGGUUGGAGCGUCGAAACUACUCCAGAUUUCAGAAUCAAGUUGGGUGAUGGGUUUCAAACCACCACGCGAGGAAAGUGUAAUCAUGUCUUAUUCAAAACAGGGGAGGUGACUAGUGAAAUCGAAGCUUAUCUGUUUGAUUUAGAAGGAGUUGAUGUAGUGUUAGGCAUGGUGUGGCUGAAAUCGUUGGGGGAUAUGAUAGUUAAUUGGAAGAAGCAAACGAUGGAAUUUUGGCAUGAGGGAAAAUGGGUGAUGUUAAAGGGCAUAGAAGGAACACCUGAAGCCAUCUCAGCACUACAGAGUAUAGUAGGUAAAGCUAGUAAGGGAUAUGGAAGGAAGUGGUGGUCCUUAGAUGCCACUUUGAACAACACAGAAACCCAGGUUUUACAAGAGACAAAUCACCCAGAAAUGAAAGAGAGGUUGAAGCAAUUUGAUGAUGUGUUUCAUGAGCCCAAGGGGCUGCCACCACGACGCUCACGUGACCACUCCAUUAACUUACUGCCAGGUCAAGGCCCAGUGAGUGUGAGGCCUUAUAGGUACCCCCAUCAUCAAAAAAAUGAAAUAGAGAGGCAAGUCAAAGAGAUGUUGGAGGCAGGAAUUAUUCAGCAGAGUAACCGUGCGUUUUCUAGCCCAAUAAUAUUGGUGAAGAAGAAGGAUGGGUCGUGGCGGAUGUGUGUCGACUACCGUGCCAUUAAUAAAGUGGCAGUACCAGAUAAAUUCCCAAUUCCAAUGAUCGAUGAGCUGCUUGACGAAUUGCAUGGUGCCCAAUAUUUCACUAAGCUUGAUUUGAAAUUCGGGUAUCACCAAGUGAGGUGA